CAUAAAUAGCACAACUCUUAUAUAUGCUUAAUCGUGUACUAAACUGAAAUAUGUGUGCAUCGCCAUCUUUAUUAAGGGACAAUGUAGUAUGAUAACUUCCAACGAACUAAAUUCAAUAUUUGAUGUCCAAAUAAGAUGGCAGCUUCCAGGCAGGCAUGAGAGGGAAUACUUCUUCACAAAUCGAAUGAAUUUGGGCUAGUGAUUCAUGAGUAGACACCCAAAUCGUCUUAUUGGAAAUAGUACACCGAAAGAAAGGACAUGACUGGUUCAGCUCUACAGCCACGAUGGAAGCGGGUACUGGGAUGGUCUGGCCCUGUCCCUCGGCCCAGACAUGGUCACAGAGCCGUUGCUAUAAAGGAAUUGAUGGUUGUUUUUGGAGGAGGAAAUGAAGGAAUUGUGGAUGAGUUGCAUGUCUACAACACAGCAACAAACCAAUGGUUUAUCCCUGCGGUUCGUGGUGAUAUUCCCCCUGGAUGUGCUGCAUAUGGUUUUGUUUGUGAUGGCACCCGGCUUCUGGUGUUUGGUGGAAUGGUGGAAUAUGGAAAAUACAGCAAUGAUCUCUAUGAGCUACAGGCCAGCAGAUGGGAAUGGAAAAAGUUGAAAGCUAAGACUCCCAAAAAUGGCCCACCUCCCUGUCCUCGACUUGGCCACAGUUUCUCGCUGGUGGGUAACAAGUGCUACUUGUUUGGAGGACUGGCUAAUGACAGCGAGGACCCCAAAAACAACAUCCCCAGAUACCUGAAUGAUCUGUACACCCUGGAGCUUCGUGCUGGCUCCAGUGUUGUGGGCUGGGAUAUACCAAUUACUUAUGGUGUUUUGCCACCUCCUCGCGAGAGCCACACUGCCGUAGUGUACACAGAAAAGGACAGCAAGAAAUCUCGCCUGAUCAUCUAUGGAGGGAUGAGUGGCUGUCGUCUGGGAGAUCUAUGGACACUUGACAUCGACACCCUGACCUGGACUAAGCCAUCAGUGAAUGGCACAGCACCUCUGCCCAGGAGUCUUCACUCUGCCACCACCAUCACAAACAAGAUGUUUGUGUUUGGGGGGUGGGUUCCCCUGGUUAUGGAUGAUGUGAAGGUGGCCACACAUGAGAAGGAAUGGAAGUGCACAAACACACUGGCCUGCCUAAAUCUUGACUCCAUGGCCUGGGAAUCAGUGGUGAUGGAUACUCUGGAGGACAAUAUCCCAAGGGCCCGGGCAGGACAUUGCUCGGUGGCCAUCAACUCUAGGUUGUAUGUCUGGAGUGGCCGUGACGGUUACCGUAAAGCAUGGAACAACCAAGUCUGCUGUAAAGACCUCUGGUACCUUGAAACAGAGAGGCCACACGCUCCCUCGAGAGUGCAGCUAGUCCGUGCCAACACCAACUCCCUGGAGGUAAGCUGGGGCGCUGUGUCCACUGCAGACACCUAUCUGCUGCAGCUACAAAAGUACGACAUUCCUGCUGCCACUGCUGUGACCUCGCCGGCCCUCAAUGCCGCCACCUCUCUGCAAGGGAACUUGCCUAAGGGCCCAGCCACAGCUGCUCCCUCUGCUCAGAACCUACCACACACAGGUAUCACUAUUGUGCCCCAGGCUUCUUCCCCUACAAUCCUUCCCAACAUUCCCAGAAGCCCGCUGGCUGCCUCCACAGCUCAUGGGCCAGCUAUCUUGAAGGUUGCAGCGCCUCCGUCUGGCACGGGUACCUCCCUUGUCACUGUGCGACCCAACCAGGCUGGAAAAUCCCCUGUCACACUUCUUCCAGGAGUUCGCAUGGUUGUUCCUGCCCAGACCGCCCAAGGAACACCAGUCGGCAGCAGCCCUCAGAUGAGUGGCAUGGCAGCUUUGGCUGCAGCUGCAGCAGCCACACAGAAGAUCCCACCUUCUUCAAGCACUGUACUCAACAUUCCAGCAGGUGCCACCCUUGUCAAAACCAUGGCUGGCGGCUCCACCACAGUCAAAAUGGCAUCUCCUCUCAUGGUUAGUAACCCGGCCACUCGCAUGCUGAAAACAGCUGCAGCUCAGGUGGGCACAGCGACCGUAUCGUCACCCAACUCGCCCAACAGGCCUAUCAUCACUGUGCACAAGUCGGGCACGGUUACCGUAGCCCAGCAACACCAGGUGGUUACCACCAUGGUGGGAGGAGUCACCAAGACCAUCACCCUGGUCAAGAGCCCCCUCACAAUGGGAGGCAGCGGCACUUUGCAGAUCUCCAACCUUGGCAAGAUGAUGUCUGUGGUACAAACCAAGCCAGUGCAGACAUCGGCUGUUACAGGCCAGGCUUCCACUAACCCUCUCACACAGCUCAUACAGACCAAGGGUUCUCUCCCUGCCGGCACCAUACUGAAGCUGGUGACCUCAGCGGACGGCAAGCCCACCACCAUCAUCACCACAUCCCAGGCGGGAGGAACCGGGAACAAACCCACCAUCCUGAACAUCAGCGGCAUGUCGCCCACCAUAACCAAACAGGGUACCACCAUCAUCAAGACCAUCCCUAUGUCUGCUAUUAUGACCCAGCCUGGAGCCACAGUGACCAGCAGCACAGGGAAGACGCCCUAUACCAUCAUCAGCACCAAGAUGAUGACCACUGGCACUCCAGGCAAAAUCAUCACUACCAUGCCCAAGCUUGGCACUGCAACUGGCCAGCAAGGGCUGACACAGGUGGUUUUGAAGGGAGCCCCGGGCCAACCUGGCACCAUUCUGCGCACUGUACCCAUGGGUGGAGUCAGACUCGUCACCCCGGUCACGAUGUCUUCUGUCAAGCCCAAUAUAACUACACUGGUCGUCAAGGGAACAACUGGUGUCACCACCCUGGGGACUGUCACAGGGACAGUCUCCUCCAGUCUGGCAGGGAGCAUUGUAGCCAGUGCCAAUGCCUCUCUGGCAACUCCAAUCACCACCCUUGGCACCAUCGCCACCCUGUCCAGCCAAGUUAUCAACCCCACUGCCAUCACUGUGUCAGCAGCCCAGACCAGUCUGACCACAGCUACUACCCUUUCCGCUUCCACCAUGUCAGCAAACCAGCCUACCCAGGUGACUCUCAUCACCACCCCCAGCGGGGUUGAGGCCCAGCCAGUGCAGGACCUGCCUGUGUCCUUCCUGGCCUCCCCCACCUCUGAGCAGCCUUCUUCCACUGAGGUCGGGGAUGUCCCUGGCACUGUCACCGUGGUCUGCUCCAACCCCCCCUGUGAGACCCACGAAACAGGAACCACCAACACCGCAACCACAGCCUCCUCCGAUAUAGGUGGGGUGCAGAGGGUCUGCUCCAACCCCCCCUGUGAGACCCACGAGACGGGCACCACCAACACCACAACGACCGCCUCCACCAACAUGGGCGGGGCAAUGAGGACGAGCACCUCUUCUUCCCCCGGAACCGCCACAGGCAACCAGGGACCAGAGAACCUGAGCACCGGCACCACAUUCACCCCCACCACGGCAUGCUCCAACAUGGGCUCAGCCCAAACCGGAACUGUGCAGAGUCCCAAGCCAGCCGUGGGCUCUACUAUGUGCUUAAACCCACCCUGCGAGACACAUGAAACAGGCACAACCAACACUGCCACUCAGUCCUUGUCCAGCAUGGGUAAUGGGCAGACUGGCACUGUACAGAGGGUGUGCUCAAACCCACCCUGCGAGACUCACGAAACUGGGACCACCAGCACCCCGUCCCAGGCCAGCUCAAACAUGGCCGGAAACCAGACGGGGACAGCGCAGAGGGUGUGUUCCAACCCCCCCUGUGAAACCCACGAGACUGGCACCACCAACACGGCAACUACUGCCACAGCAGAUGGAGCAGACAGUGCCACCAGCAGUACAGAGACUCCUUCCACCACUGCAUCAGAAACAACCCCAGCCACCAUCCAGAGCAGAGCCAUCACUACUGUGACUCAAUCCACACCAGCCCCGGGGCCCUCAGUACCUUCCAUUUUGUCGAUCACUGAGGGUGCUGCGGGUUCCACAGAAGAGCCCAUGCAGACAGACGCGGCCACGGAGGGGGGAGAGACCGCUAUGGAGACUGGGCUGUCCCCAGAGCUGUCAGAGGGACAGAUGGGGACAGGUCUGUCUGCAGAGGAGCUGGCUGUGACCGCAGCGGCGGAGGCAGCGGCGCAGGCUGCAGCCACAGAGGAGGCCCAGGCCCUGGCCAUUCAGGCAGUCCUCCAGGCAGCACAGCAGGCAGUCAUGAACGAGGGUGAUUCUGGCUCGACCGGACAGCAGGCCAUCACAAUCCCCAUCGUCCUGACCCAGCAGGAGUUGGCAGCCCUGGUCCAGCAGCAGCACCAGCUCCAGGAGGCUCAGGCCCAGGCUCAGGCCCAGGCUCUGGCCCAGCAGCAAGGAAAUGCCCAGGCCCUACCCACUGAGGGCCUUGCCCCCGCAGACAGCCUCAACGACCCUGCGUCUGAGAGCAACGGACACCCCGAGAUGGCUGCAGCUGUCUCCAGCGCUGUGGCAUCACUGCUGCCGCGCACAUCCACUGAGACCCUGGCCCCCUCAAGCACAUUUUCUGUUGCCAGUCCAGCCAAGCUACAAGCUGCUGUAGCAGAGGUGGCCAAUGGCAUUGAGGGUGGGAAGCUAAACCCUCAACCAGCCCCUAUCAAGACUCUUGUAAAAAAAGAGAACCAGUGGUUUGACGUUGGCAUCGUCAAGGUGACAAACAUGGUGGUUACGCACUUCAUCCCAGAGGACGAUUCUCAAGUGGAGGAUGACUCUGGUGCCAUCCCAGACCAUAACCAGAUGAAGAAAAUGGAGCUGCAGCCUGGCACAGCCUACAAGUUCCGUGUCGCUGGUAUCAACGCUUGUGGUCGUGGUUUCUUCUCAGAGAUAUCUGCUUUUAAGACCUGUUUACCAGGCUUCCCUGGAGCACCUUGUGCCAUUAAAAUCAGCAAGAGCCCAGAUGGUGCCCACCUCACCUGGGAGCCUCCCUCUGUGACAUCAGGGAAGAUCAUUGAGUACUCUGUGUACCUGGCCAUCCAGAGCACCCAGACAGCUGAGCCCAAAGCCUCCACCCCAGCCCAGCUGGCCUUCAUGCGGGUGUACUGUGGGCCCAACCCCUCCUGCUUGGUGCAGUCCUCCAGCCUCUCCAAUGCCCACAUAGACUACACCACCAAGCCCGCCAUCAUCUUCCGCAUAGCUGCGCGCAACGAGAAGGGCUACGGCCCUGCCACACAAGUUCGAUGGCUGCAAGAGUCCAGCAAAGAUGGAGCCUCGGCAAAACUUGCCCCAAAAAGACCAGUUUCCUCGCCUGAUGCUAAGGCUGCUGGUCAAAAGAAAGCAAGAACGGACCCGUGAGAUUGCACAGAUGACACCCCCCACUGUCCUUUUUGACCAGGAAGACUGAUUCCUCCAUCCUCAUCCUGACUUCACCCCAUUCUCAAGUUAACCGACAUCCAGCCAGCAACAUAAACAAAAUGGCAGCAGAAACCCUUGAUGGAAGUCAAUAAGAGAUAUGGUUCUGUAGACAAGACCCUUUUUCUAUUUGUCCCACUAUUUCUGGAGCAACACAUUUAAAAAAGCACGUUAUAGAUUUUACUUCAUAACUUUUUUUUAGUUUUUUCUCACUCUAGCUACUUUUAUUAUACAUCUUUUUGGCUACUUUCAGUAGUUCAGCAAUUGUAGAGAAACAUUUACAGCUUCACAAGCUGUGAGCCGGCUUGAGCUUAAUGUUCUUUUUUUGGUGGGGAGGGGGUUGUAGUGAGACUACACGAGCUGAUGUACAGUUUGAGGAUGUGCUGAACAAGAGGCAGUGGUGGUGUUUGUUCCUCCCAUCUAAACUAUCAAAAUGGAGAAAACAAACAAAAGGGGUGAUUUUUUUCCCUCAAGGAGAAAUGUGCUUAAUUUAAGAAACCAAUCGAUUCUGAUAUCAUACUGGAUUCCAGUCUCCUAGUAAUCUCAUCAGUGUGCUUUUCCCCUGAGAUGAGAACUGAGGUCUGAUGCUAUGAAGAGGACAACGAAUCUGAUGACGAAGGAAAACAUGUAGUGAGACUGACUUUUCUAGGACUGAAACUUGCAGCAUACACACACAUCUUGCAAAAAUCUUCCCCAGAAAUUAGCAAGCACUGAUGCAGAAGAUAUUUGUGUAGUUUAUUUUUGUAUUUUUUUAAGCUUUUCAUUGUCACUGCAUUUUUAAAACGUCAACUCCUUUAUUUUGUUGUGUGUUUACUAUUGUUCGUCUCCAUUGUUUUCAAGUGUUGGUGGGAAGACGGGUGGCAGUGCUGAAGUAGCCACUAUAUUUUUAAAUCCUGGUUCGAUCAGUUGUAUGUUGUAUCAGAGGGUAUGAAAAAUAAAGACUUUUGUAUUUGUUCUGACUAGGUCCCCAGAUGUAAUAGGACUGAAGGGAUUUUCAAACAGACCCAGGGAGAGGAGUGCUUUUACUUUGUUUACCACAUCUUUCAAUGCUUGUAUCACUGUGUGUAUGCCAAACAUGGAAAAUUAAUGAAGAAAAAUCUGAUCCGUUGUCAUACUCCUUCCCCGCACAUUUAUUUUAGAACGGGUAUCCUUAACUGGCGGCCCACGUUUAGCGCCCCCCAAAAGAGUAUAUUUUUGUUGUUGGACAUAAUACUGUAAAAACAUCAGGAAAUCCGCUCCGAGUGAUUUUUAAUUUAGGAAAUCUGUUCCGAAGUAUUUUCAUGCAUAAUAGAGAUGUGAUUGUGUACACAUGUAGCAAGGUUUGAAAUUAUUGUUUUAGUCAUAUCUGGUUGGGCUUCUUUCGGUCAAUUUGCAGUCUACACAUUUUUUUGUAAUUAUAUUCCGGCCUCGCGACCAACCACUCAAGAAAAAAAUUCAGCCUGCAGCUUAAUCGAGUUGGUGAUCAUUGUGUUAGACAGAAAAAUUAUAGUGGUAGAUUUCCUUUCCUUAAACUGUUAGGAACCACCAAAUCCAAUUUACAUGUCUUUUUAGGCUCUUAUUUGAACAACUAUAGAGGUGAGGUGUGCAAGUUAAUUGUGAAAAGUAUACCUUUUAAAUUGGGAUAUUUUGGUGGGAAGGAAGAAGCAUAGCCAGAGUUUGGACUCGCUUGUAAAUUAGUUGUUCCAGAGCAAGAAUAAAGUAACAUCUUGGCAUUUUUAUAUAAUUACCUGUACCAAAAUGUCUUUACAUGUUGGUCAUCUCUCACUUGCCUUUUGUGUCUAGACUUGUAAAAGAAACUCUCCCUGAUUCAAUUGCUAUGACUUGCAUUUAUUUAACAGAUUUGCAAGUCUGAAACACAGCAAGGUUCAUUACCGAAACAUUUGUCUUCAGGAUAAAUCACACAGAGUUUUAUAAAGAGGGAAAUCUUGGAGUGGACAUGACUGUAUUCAGUAGCUAGUGAAAUAAAGAGUUUUCAGAAUGGAAAUGACCAGAGAACAAGUGAAGUCAGGGGAGAAUGUGUUACCUCUUGAGAUUGUAGUACUUGCAUCUUGGUUUAAUUUCUUCUCUGGGCAUCACCUUAGUCUCCAGAUUAUCCUGAUUUAUUUCUAUAAUGAAACCACUGUUUCAUAUACAUCCAUGAUUUUGUACGUGUCAGUCAGUGUCUGUUGAGCAAAGCUAGACAUGCAUGCAACCAGUGUAUUUUAGUAGUAAAUGCCUUAAGUUUGACCAUAAGCUGAAGGAUAAAAAAAAAAAAGUUUUUACAUUUAAUGAGUUUGUUCCCUUCAUGUGGUAUACAAAUGUGUCCUUUUCUUCCACAGUACCUUUACCGGGUCACUAUUUUUGCACAGUGCCGAGGUCUUUCAGAACUUUACCUCCCGCAGUGGGGCAGGUGCUGGUCUUAGCACUGACACUUGUGAGUUUCUUCCAGCUGUUUGCAGGUUGUCUGGAAUUGUCCUGUAUUUUCCGAUGUGUGUUUUUUGUACUGUAGGGAGUAAUGUAUCUUUUAACAUCAAAAUAAACAUGUUAAACAUCA